AUGUGUGGCUGCACCCACAGCACCCAGGACCAACUGCCCCACUCGGAAGGGGGAUCCAAUCCUUCUACAGCCCCCACAUCUACUUUAGCACCUAGGAAAAUGCCCAAAAGCAUUUCAAUAUCCAAACAGCUGGCUUCAAUAAAAGCUCUGCAGAAGGGCUCAGAUCUGGAAAAAGCCAUGGCCACCUUCGCUCUGACUUUCAGAAACGCUUGUGACCCUGAUGGCAAACUUGGAAAAGCUACUGCCAGAAGUCUGCUGCAUACCCAAUUUGGGGCUUUCACAGAGGGACAAGAAACCAAACCAGAAUACAGAGAGCUCCUUUCUGAACUCGAAGAACACACAGGAAAUAAGCUGGAUUUUGAGGAUUUCAUGAUCUUGCUCCUAAGUAUCACCGUAAUGUCAGAUCUGCUGCAAGAUGUAUGGAGCGUAAAAAUCACAAAAUAA